AUGUUCCGCCCACAAUCACUCCUCCGCGCCGCUGCGCCAGCCAGCCGUACCGCUGCUCGCCCUGUUGCGCUCAGCCAAAGAUGGGCGACAACGCACGCUCCUACGACGAGUUCUGCACCCGCAAAUGAGAUCUCGCCCGAGGUGCAGUCACAGCCCGGAGAGGAGAUUGACCCCCAAUUGAACGGCUACCCACAACUCCCUUACGUCUCGCUGCAGACUCGAGAACCAUUCGGAUGGUGGGACAGGCAAGAGCGCAAGAACUUUGGCGAAGUGUUCCACGAGGAGGAAGACGUCCUCGGUAUGUGGGGUCCGGACGUACACAAGAUCAGCGGCGGAACAGCUGUACUAUCACUCAUCGCCGCCUUCUCCGCCGUCGGCGCAUUCGCCUACUUCCUGACCGCAACCCGAAUUCAGCGCCCCGUUGCCGCGAGGGAAUACCCAUAUGGCGGUCUGGAGAAGGAACUGGGGGGACAUGUGGCUGCGCGGCCCGAGUGGGAGGGGGAUGCUGAGUAG